AUGUCACGUAUCACAAAGAAGGUGAUCAACUCGCCGGAGACGUGCGUGGACGACAACCUCCGCGGCGUAGUGGCUUUGUAUCCUAAACUACACUUGCAUCCCAAACAUCGUGUCGUCACAUAUAGAAGAAAAGAUGACUCGGGACGAGUGGCAAUCCUAGGUGGCGGCGGCUCUGGACAUGAACCCUUUGCCGCAGGUCUGAUAGGCCCAGGGAUGUUGGACGGAGCCGUUGCGGGCGGCGUAUUCGCGUCACCCCCCACCGGGAAUAUACUGUACGCUAUAGCACAGCUUUAUAAAUAUAAUUCAGGUGGAGUUCUAGUGCUUUUGGGCAACUACACAGGAGAUAGAUUGAACUUCGGGAAAGCUUUUGAAAAAGCUAAAGUCGCGGGUAUUAAGGUUGAAGGUUUCAUAGUGGGAGAAGACGUAGCGUCGAGUCACAACAAAACUGGUGGCAGAAGUAUGGUCGGAGAAGUGUUUCUUUAUAAACUGUGCGGCGCGAUGGCUGCUCGGGGAUACGAUCUGUACGCCAUACGGGACAUGGCGGCUGAAGUUAAUAAUAAUAUGGCAACCCUCGGAGUGAGCCUGAGCGCGUGCUCCUUGCCAGGCCAGCCGCCGCUGUUCGACACGGCGUGGGACGAGAUGGAGCUGGGCACGGGCGUGCACGGCGAGGCCGGCAUACACAAGCUCAAGCUCGGCUCUGCCAGGGACACUGUUGCUUUGAUAUUGGAUAAGAUUGUAGCGCAUCUCAAAUUGCAAGCCGGUAACCGAGUAGCGGCCAUGAUCAAUAACUUGGGAGGGACUUCCCUCAUGGAGAUGAAUAUUAUAGCUGCCGAAAUUAAGGACUAUUUAAAUCAAAAACAAAUAAUAAUGGAGCGUCUAUUCUCUGGUCAUCUAAAAACUUCGCUAGAAAUGCACGGCUUUCAAAUUUGUUUGUUACAUCUAAAUAAAGAAAAUGGCGACUUGUGGCUUGACCUAAUAGAUGCUCCUACGGAGGCUGUAGGCUGGACCGGCGGCGUGAUGUCGGUGAGAGGAGAUGAUGACGGACAAGAUGGUGAUGAUGAUACGUUGCUGCAAGAAGAUGAGAAAAAGGCGGUCACCGGCCCAUCAUUAUCACCCAAAGAGCAAGAGUUGCUGCGCGGCUGCCUGCGCGCGGCGGCGGGCGCGCUGCGCGAGGCGGAGCCCCUCCUCAACGCGCUGGACUCCGGGUGCGGCGACGGCGACUGUGGCAUCACGCUGAGGAAUUUCGCUGAUGCGGUGAUCUUGUACCUGGAGAGAGCUCCAACGGAGCGGCCGUCGAGCGUGCUGUGGGCGCUGUCGGAGGCGGCGGAGACGGACAUGGGCGGCACCUCCGGCGGCGUGUACGGCCUGGGGCUCGCCGCCGCCGCGCAGGCCAUGGCCACUGCGACGGUGAACGAUAGAGCAGCGUGGUCGGAGGCGGCGCGCGCCGCGCUGGCGGCCGUCGGCAAGUACGGCGGCGCCGAGCCCGGGGACCGCACCAUGUUAGACACGCUAAAUGCCGCCGUAGUCGCGCUGGAAGAUAACUUGCAAGAUGAUCUGAAGACUUUGUUGGCGAAAGUAGACGAGGCCGCAGACAGCGCGGCUAAGGCUACCGUCCACAUGGAGGCGAGGGCGGGUCGCGCGUCCUACGUGUCUCGCUCGUACCUGACGGGCGAGGACGCGGGCGCGCGCGCCGCCGCGCUGUGGCUGCGCGCCGCGCUCGCGCACCUCCAACAAAACUAC